AUGGAUUCGCUCUUACUCUACAUCCUCACGUUCAAUUGCGCUCGAAACCCCGUCGACGUCGACCGCUUCUCCCGCCAUUUCUUCGAUGCCUUACCCCGCACCGAUGGUUCCAGCUCGCCCGCAGCCCCGGAACUCAUCGUGCUCUCCCUGCAGGAAAUAGCUCCUAUCGCCUAUGCCUUUCUCGGAGGCUCGUUUCUAACGCCAUACUUCUCGGCUCUGACACAGGUGGUGGAUCGCGCAGUUGCCCAAUACUGGGAUGUCCAUUACGUCAAUCUGGUUACCGACAAUUCCGGGAUGACCGGUCUGAUGGUCUUCGCUCGGUCGGAUGUCGCUGACCAAGUCUCAUCCAUUAAUACCGCCCGUGUAGGAUUUGGCUUCCAAGACAUGGGCAACAAGGGUGCCGUGGGGGCGCGCAUUGCCUACAGAGGCGCAGCAGGAGCCGGGGAUCCUUUAGACCUCACUUUCGCUGCUGCGCACCUCGCCCCCAUGGAGUAUGCUGUCGAGCGUAGGAACGCAGACUGGCGCAGCUUGGUCGAGAGAUUGGUCUUCAGCUACUCACCUGCUGCAGGUGGCCCCGACACAGCCAACGCGGAGGAAAGUGCGCCCCUGCUGCGGCAAUCCCAGGAAGGCCAUCGGGGCAUCUACACGCCUACAAGCUACCUCUUCCUAGCGGGUGAUCUUAAUUACCGUACCUCCAACGUAUCGCCGCGACCCGACGACCAUAGCCGAUUCCCGCAAGCGGAUGUAGACCCUUCCGACCCUCAGCACUACUCACAUCUCUUGAAACAAGAUCAGCUUUCCCGCGAGAUGGAACAGUCUCGGUGUUUCCACGGACUCUCCGAAGCCCCGAUCACAUUCCCCCCAACAUACAAGUAUACGUUGGCAGCACGCCAGGCAGCAAGUGAUCCAACGGCAGAUAAUGCUCGCCCAGAUUGGAAGUGGACAAGGACCCGCUGGCCCAGUUGGUGCGACCGUGUGUUGUAUCUGGAGUCUCCACCGGGCACGAGCAAGCGAGGUCAGGUCAAACCUUUAAAGUAUGAUGCUCUGCCGUUAUUCCCAACCUCCGAUCAUCGCGCCGUCGCCUUGGCCGUAACUAUCCCGGCGCAGUCCGUGCUUCCAGAAGAUACGACGCAAAUGAGUGUCCCUUUCCCGAUCGAUCCAGAAUGGGAGACUAAACGAGAUGCCGCGCGACGGAAGGAACUUGCGGUGGGCUUUUUGGCGUACCUGGCCUUGACCUGGGAGGGAAACGGCCUGUUACUUGCAUCGGCGGUAGGACUUCUGGGGGCGUGGCUCGUGCUCCAAUCGUUCUUUAACGUUUGA